UUCUUCCUCUGAUAAUGACUCUGCGAGAAGGCUUGCCGCUUCUCUAUCAGCAGUUCACGGCGUUGUUCAGGAAGAAUCUGCUGCUAUCAUGGCGGAACAAGAGAGCCACGUGUCUUCAUCUCUUCUCUUCCUUCUUCUUCAUCCUUCUCAUCUUCUGUAUCCAGGAAGCGAUGAAGGCGAGCGACAUAACCUCGACGGCGCACAUAAACGUCACAGAUCCUAAGGCAUUAGUCUCGCCUCCGAUUCCGCCUUGUGAAGAUAAGUUUUUCGCGAAGCUUCCCUGCUACGACUUCGUGUGGAGUGGGAACCAGAGCCGUCGAGUGACUGACAUUGUCUCUGCAAUCAUGGGCAACAAUCCGGGAAGACCAAUUCCGAGCAACAAGGUUCAAUCAUUCAAAGGGCCUGAGGAGGUAGAUGCAUGGUUUAUGUCACAUCCAUUGCAAGUCCCAGGAGCUUUGCAUUUUGUGGAAAGGAAUGCUACAGUAAUCAGCUAUGGAGUUCAGACAAAUUCUUCCUCGGAGAAAAUACGUGGUCGUGUUGAAGACUCGACGUUUAAGUUCCUUGUUCCUCUUCAAAUCGCUGCAGAGCGUGAGAUAGCAAGGUCCUUAAUUGGAGAUCCAAAUUUCGGUUGGGAUUUUGGGUUUAAGGAAUUUGCGCGCCCAGCUAUUGGUGGGAGAGCAACAAUUUCUGCACUGAAUCUUAUGGGACCAGUGUUCUUUCUUGCUUUCUCUAUGUUUGGUUUUGUUCUCCAACUCAGUUCUCUUGUUACUGAGAAAGAGCUGAAACUUCGCCAGGCAAUGACAAUGAUGGGAGUUUUUGAUACCGCUUACUGGUUAUCAUGGCUCUUAUGGGAAGCAAUCCUCACCGUCAUCUCGUCGCUCUCCUUAGUCCUCUUUGGAAUGAUGUUCCAAUUUCAUUUUUUCUUGAACAACAGUUUUGUUGUUGUCUUCCUACUUUUCUUGCUUUUUCAGUUAAACAUGAUUAGCCUAGCAUUCGUGCUAUCAGCUUUCAUUAGCAUAUCAUCUUCAGCAACAACUGUUGGUUUCCUUGUGUUUCUGAUUAGUUUUAUAACACUGAUGGUAUCAAGUACUGAUUUCCCUUAUUCAAGCACAUAUUCCAUUUAUAGCCGGGUGAUUUGGUCAUUCUUUCCACCGAAUACCUUCUCUGCGGGUCUGCAGCUGCUUCUUGAAGCGACAUCGAAUCACCAAGGUUCUGGAAUUAAUUGGAGUAAAACAACAGUAUGCGCAGCAAUGGACGAUGCCACCUGCUUUCUUACAAUGAAUAACAUCUACAUAUGGCUUGUGGGUACAUUCCUGUUCUGGUUUGUUCUGGCUAUCUACUUUGACAAUAUUAUUCCCAACGAAUCCGGUGUAAGAAAAUCCAUCUUCUACUUUCUAAAGCCUAGUUAUUGGACUGGCAAAGAGGGCAACAAUGUGGAAGAAGGGAGCAUUUGUAGCUGUGUUGGUUCGGUUCCUCUGGUAGAGCAUAUUGCGCCAGAGGAUAAAGAUGUGCUCCAAGAGGAGAUCGUAGUUAAACAGCAAGCAAUGGAUGGAAUUGUUGAUCCUGACAUUGCAGUUCAGAUACGUGGUCUUGCAAAGACAUAUCCCGGAACCACAAAGCUCGGUUGCUGCAAAUGCAAGAAAACUUCCCCUUUUCAAGCUGUAAAGGGUUUGUGGAUGAAUAUUGCCAAAGAUCAGUUGUUUUGUCUUCUCGGACCAAAUGGCGCAGGGAAAACAACUACUAUCAGUUGUUUGACUGGCAUAAAUCCAGUUACUAGUGGGGAUGCGAUAAUUUAUGGACAUUCAAUAAGAAGCUCUGUUGGUAUGUCCAACAUUCGAAAAAUGAUAGGAGUUUGUCCUCAGUUUGAUAUCCUUUGGGAUGCUUUGUCCAGUGAAGAGCACCUCCACCUCUUUGCUAGCAUUAAAGGGUUGCCACCGUCAUCGAUCAAAUCGAUUGCAGAGGAGUUACUUGCAGAUGUAAAGCUGACAGGAGCAGCGAAAAUUAGAGCAGGAAGUUACAGUGGUGGAAUGAAACGCCGACUCAGUGUUGCAAUUGCACUCAUUGGUGAUCCCAAGCUGGUCUUUCUAGAUGAACCGACUACAGGUAUGGACCCUAUCACAAGGAGGCAUGUGUGGGACAUUAUACAAGAGUCAAAGAAAGGUCGUGCCAUCAUACUAACAACGCAUUCAAUGGAAGAAGCUGAUAUUUUAGGUGACCGAAUAGGGAUCAUGGCUAAAGGCAGGCUCCGCUGCAUUGGAACCUCAAUCAGGUUAAAAUCCCGCUUUGGCACGGGUUUCGUUGCUACAGUUAGCUUCGUCGAAAACAAAAACAAAUACGAGGGUGCUGGAUCAUCACGCGAGCCACUGAAAAGGUUCUUUAAAGAGCAUCUGAAAGUUGAGCCAACAGAGGAAAGAAAAGCUUUCAUGACUUUUGUUAUUCCACACGACAAAGAGAAAUUAUUGGCGAGGUUUUUCGGGGAGCUACAAGACAGAGAAUCAGAGUUUGGUAUCUCAGACAUCCAACUCGGGCUUGCAACUCUUGAAGAAGUGUUUCUCAACAUCGCAAGACGGGCUGAGCUAGAAAGCGCAACGGCUCAAGGAACCAUGGUAACUCUUGAGUUAGAAUCAGGCAUCUCCGUAGAGAUACCUGUGGGAGCAAGAUUUGUGGGUAUCCCUGGAACAGAAAACGCAGAGAACCCCCGAGGAAUAAUGGUGGAAGUGUACUGGCAACAAGAUGGGUCGGGAUCAAUGUGCAUCUCUGGACACUCGCCGGAGAUGCGGGUCCCACAGAAUGUUCCGGUGAUAUACGAACCAUCAUCACAGGUGUUAGGACAUGGGCAGCGACGAGUUCGGGGUACCGUGAUUGAUUAUGACUCUUAACAAUUAAAUAUUAUGCUCAAGUUUACUCAAAAAAUCAAUUACAGGGGAGGAAUGACAAUGAAGCUGACCCACUGUGAAUGAGAUUGCAAUGUUUUUUUUUUAUAGCGUUUUAUCAAACUUUCACAGUGAGUAAAGUUGUUCUGUUUUGCUAUUAUUUCCCAACGACAGUAAUGACUAACGAUAGUAGAGAACACAGAAUCGUUAUAAGGUUAAACUUUCAGACUGAGUAAACAAAAAUUCUC